CGACUAUUGCUAGGGCUUGAAAAUUUCACUUGAAUCGUUCUCUCAUGUAAACUCCAUCUCUCCUUUCUCUCAAUUCUCUCUCUUUCCAUAGCUACCCAUUAUGUAUACAUACAUAUAUUCAUAGUUGUUCCUUGUCCUGAUUGGAAAAACAUGCUUCAAUUGACAAUUCUUCUUUACCCAGUUUAAUCACGAUGUUAUCUGUGUUGUAAUAUGUUCUAACAAGCUUGAAUGGUUGACAUUUUAUGCUGAUUGGCAUCACCAUUGUUUCAGAUGAAAAGGAGAGCAUACCAAUGUUGUUGGCCUACAGAUCAUAAUAUUCAUUACUUCGUAAUUUAAAGGGUUUGAUAUGAAUGUCGAAGUGAUUGACGUGGAAGAGGGGAACAUGGGGCACCAUGCCACUGCUGAUGAUGAAGAUGCUGAACCCAAUAAUGGCGAAGCAGCAAACGCAGCUGGAAAUUCUACAGCUCAGGAUGACGAUGGGGGUGCUGAGCCACAUGUGGGUAUGGAAUUUGAUUCUGAAGAUGUUGCGAAGACUUUUUAUGAUGAGUAUGCCAGGCGUGUGGGUUUUAGCACCCGUGUUAAUCAGUAUAGCCGUUCCAAGUCUGAUGCGACGGUUACUGUUCUGGAGUUUUUAUGCGCCAGAGAUGGUUUAAAAAGAAUGGCUGGUGAUAGCUGUGAUGCAUUGCUCAGAAUAGAGUUAAAGGAUCAAGAUAAAUGGGUUGUGACAAAAUUUGUGAAGGAGCAUAGUCACUCUACAGUGAGUCCUAGUAAGGUGCAUUACCUUAGACCGCGCAGGCAUUUUGCUGGUGCUGUAAAGAAUAUGGCUGAAACUUACCAAGGUGUGGGCGUCGUUCCUAGUGGUGUCAUGUACGUGUCCAUGGACGGAAAUCGUAUCUCUGCUGAAACAAAUCGUGGAGCUAGGAAUGCUCCUCCUGUAGAAUCAAGUAGUGCAGUUAAGAACACGGGGCAUUUGAGUUAUGCUGCUAGACCUGCCAGUCGAAAGAAGACAUUAGGGAAGGAUGCUCAGAAUCUGCUGGAUUAUUUCAAGAAAAUGCAGGCUGAGAAUCCUGGUUUUUAUUAUGCAAUACAACUUGAUGAAGAUAAUCGCAUGGCUAAUGUAUUUUGGGCAGAUGCAAGGUCGAGAUCUGCUUAUGGUCGUUUUGGUGAUACUGUUACAUUGGACACAAUGUACAGAGUGAACCAGUAUAGAGUACCAUUUGCUCCGUUUACGGGGGUGAACCAUCAUGGACAGAUGGUUUUGUUUGGUUGUGCACUACUUCUAGAUGAAUCUGAGGCUACGUUUGUAUGGCUAUUCAGGACAUUUCUUGCUGCGAUGAAUGAUCAAGCUCCUGUCUCUAUAAUCACAGAUCAGGACAAAGCCAUACAAGCAGCGGUUGCGCAGGUUUUCCCUGAAAUCCGCCAUUGUUUUAACAAGUGGGAUGUAUUAAGAGAAGGCCAGGAAAAAUUGGCUCAUGUAUGUCAUGUGUAUCCUAAUUUUCAGGUGGAGCUGUAUAAUUGUAUCAACUUGACUGAGACAAUUGAAGAAUUUGAAUCAUCGUGGGAUUCUAUCCUCAAUAAAUAUGAUCUCAGGAGGAAUGAUUGGCUUCAAUCUUUAUAUAAUGCACGGGCACAAUGGGUUCCUGUGUUUUUUCGGGAUACUUUUUUUGCUGCAAUUUCUCCAAGCCAAGGACUUCAAUGUUCCUUUUUUGAUGGUUAUGUAAACCAGCAAACGACUUUACCCAUGUUCUUUAGACAGUAUGAAAGAGCUUUAGAGAAUUCGUUUGAAAAGGAAAUAGAAGCAGAUUUUGACACCAUAUGCACCGCACCAGUGUUGAGGACACCUUCACCUAUGGAGAAACAGGCAGCAAAUCUCUACACAAGGAAAAUAUUUGCAAAAUUUCAAGAUGAGUUAGUUGAGACCUUUGUGUAUACCGCAAAUAAGAUUGAGGGUGAUGGCGCUAUUAGCACGUUUAGGGUUGCAAAAUUUGAGGAUGACAACAAAGCGUAUAUUGUCACAUUGAAUGGGCCAGAGAUGAGAGCUAGUUGCAGCUGCCAGAUGUUUGAGUAUUUAGGUAUCCUUUGUCGGCACAUUUUGACAGUUUUUACCGUGACAAAUGUACUUACUCUGCCAUCUCAUUAUAUCUUGAAGCGAUGGACAACUAAUGCCAAAAGUGGGGCUGGCUUUGAUGAACGCUUUGAACUUCAAGGUCAGGAGUCACUCACAUUGCGGUACAACAAUCUUUGCAGGGAAGCAAUCAAAUAUGCGGAGGAAGGGGCAAUAGCUCCAGAGACCUUUAACGUGGCAAUGGUUGCUCUUGGGGAAGGAGGAAAGAAGGUGGCUGCUAUGAAGAAAAACGUAGCGAAAGUUGCACCCCCUAGCUCACACACUAGUGGGGUUGGUUAUGAUGACAAGAGGACCUCUAAUUUGGCUCCAGAUAUGCCCCCUUUACUUUGGCCACGACAAGAUGAAAUUACACGCCGCUUUAAUCUUAAUGAUGCUAGUGUUCCUGCUCAACCUGUUGCUGAUUUGAAUUUGCCGCGCAUGGCUCCCGUGUCUCUUCACCGUGAUGAUGGUCAUCCUGAUAACAUGGCGGUUCUUCCUUGUCUUAAGUCUAUGACUUGGGUGAUGGAGAAUAAGAAUUCAACACCUGCAAAUAGAGUUGCCGUUAUCAACCUGAAGUUGCAAGAUUAUAGCAGGGCAACAUCUGGAGAAUCAGAAGUUAAGUUUCAGCUUUCAAAGGUCACACUGGAGCCCAUGUUGAAAUCGAUGUCCUACAUCAGUGAACAGCUGUCUACCCCUGCUAAUAGGGUUGCUGUCAUAAAUCUGAAGCUCCAAGACACUGAGACAACUUCUGGAGAAUCAGAUGUUAAAUUCCAGGUGUCAAGGGAUACUCUUGGUGCCAUGUUGAGAUCAAUGGCCUACAUCCGUGAGCAGCUCUCGAUCGCUGCUGAGUCGCAGUCAGAGACUCCAUCGAAAAAGCAACGGAAGUAGAGAUGAUGUCGUUUCUGUUCUGUAGCUUGGUGUCUGACCGUCUUACUGUGAUGGAAGAAGGUAUUUGGUUAAUGUACACUAUUCAGCUACCGCUCCUAGUGAGUUGGGGAUGCUCUGAUUUAUUUGUCUAUUAAGUUUCCUAGCAUCUCUUGCCUUUCCAUUUAAGCAUUGUUCUUACAUAUUGUACAUGUAACUUAGCAAAAACCUAGAGUCCAAGCAUCAAAGAGUGAUAUUCUUGUGUGUAAAAUGUUAUGUAUUGUGAUGCCUCACCUCAGGG